ACGUAACUAACUCGGAAACCAUGACUUUUCUGUACGAUCCUGAGGCUGGGAACUACUUGUUGUAUUGACUUCCCGUACCGAACCCAGAACCACGUCCGUCUCAGUGCAUGUGUUGUCUGUGUGUCCGAUGUGCGCGUUCAAUUAAUCUACAUUUUACGUGUAUGUUCUACCCUAUCGUGGGUAACAUGGCUACGUAGUUGUGCGUGGUAAUUUGUGUUUUGUAAACAACUGUCCAAACGUUGAACAUCAGCUCCAGCAAGCGCUGCAAUACCCCUCCCGUGGAGAGAUUGCUGUACCAAAAGUGUGUAGGAGGUGGUCAGCCUGAAUAGCGUCACCACAGGCUGGUGGAUCAACUGGUUGAAAGUAAAGUGGGAACAAAUCGCCAUCGACAACCCCUGUCAUCGCACAUCUUAUCAGCACUUGGACGGGUUGUCGCACGCGUUUCGUGUGAUAAGAAACACCAAAAAGGUUUCGAUCCCUUUCCGGGCACAUAACCCACGGUCGGUCGAACCCAUCGGAAGCAGUACGAAACAAACCGAGGUGAUGCAAAGCAUCGUUCAUCGACAAACGCGCACCGUUCUGUACACAUCCCCCUGUGGUGUCCUGCAUGUCCUGUCCAUUCCGUGCGCAGCACUGCCUUAACUAAUUGGUUAUUCAUCCGAGCCAUGUCUUACACCGAGCUGGAGAGCGGCUAUCAGGGCCUGAAACAGGCAUCCUCCAACGAUGGCAUUAUCAGUGCCUUACAGACGCCUUCUGGACGGCCCGGAUUCUACGUUGGCGAUGAGGGUGAUCUGGAUCCAACCGAUGGGCUCGAUUCGGACGACUCGUCCACGUCCGGCAAACAGGUCGUGGUGGCCGUAUGCGCCAUGUCAAAGAAGUCACAAUCAAAACCGAUGAAAGAAAUACUGACGCGAUUGCAGGAGUUCGAAUUCAUCCGCAUGGUGGUCAUCGGUGAGGAGAUCAUACUGAACGAACCGGUCGAUCGGUGGCCCUUGUGCGACUGUCUGAUCUCAUUCCAUUCAAAGGGUUUCCCGCUCGAGAAGGCGAUCCAGUAUGCGCAGCUGCGGCAACCGUACGUCAUCAACAACUUGCACAUGCAGUUUGAUAUUCAGGAUCGACGUCGUGUUUAUGCGAUCCUGGAGAAAGAGGGAAUUGAAAUACCACGCUACGCUGUUCUGGAUCGUGACUCACCGGACCCCAAACAGCAUGAGCUGGUGGAAUCGGAAGAUCACGUUGAGGUGAAUGGGAUUGUAUUUAACAAACCAUUCGUCGAAAAGCCUGUCUCCGCCGAAGACCACAACAUAUACAUCUACUAUCCCACGUCCGCUGGCGGUGGCAGUCAACGGUUGUUUCGCAAGAUUGGUAGUCGAAGUAGCGUCUACUCGCCUGAAUCGCGUGUGCGCAAGACUGGCUCAUUUAUCUACGAAGACUUUAUGCCCACCGAUGGCACCGAUGUGAAGGUGUAUACGGUCGGUCCGGAUUAUGCACACGCGGAAGCACGCAAAAGCCCCGCCUUGGACGGUAAGGUAGAACGGGACAGCGACGGUAAAGAGAUACGCUAUCCGGUGAUCCUGAGCAACGCUGAGAAGCUGAUUUCGCGUAAAGUGUGCCUUGCCUUCAAGCAGACGGUGUGUGGAUUUGAUCUGCUGCGCGCGAACGGUAAAUCGUUCGUGUGUGACGUUAAUGGGUUUAGCUUCGUGAAGAAUUCGAACAAAUACUAUGACGACUGUGCAAAAAUACUGGGUAACAUGAUAUUGCGCGAGCUGGCACCGCAGCUGCAUAUACCGUGGUCGGUGCCAUUUCAAUUAGACGAUCCACCGAUCGUACCGACAACCUUCGGCAAGAUGAUGGAGCUGCGAUGCGUGACCGCCGUCAUCCGACAUGGUGAUCGGACACCGAAGCAAAAGAUGAAGGUCGAGGUGCGGCAUCAAAAAUUUUUCGAAAUAUUCGAAAAGUAUGAUGGCUAUCGGUACGGCCAUAUUAAGCUCAAGCGUCCAAAGCAACUCCAAGAAAUAUUAGACAUUGCCCGUUCGCUACUGGCAGAAAUACAAACCAAGGCGGCCGAUUCGGAGAUAGAAGAGAAGCAGAGCAAACUGGAGCAGCUGAAAAGUGUGCUGGAGAUGUACGGCCAUUUUUCGGGUAUCAACCGGAAAGUGCAAAUGAAAUACCAACCGAAGGGUCGACCAAGAGGAUCAAGCUCAGACGAUGGUAAACACGAUUGCAGCAACUUUGUUUUUGUGUCUGAUGCACCGAAGGAUCCUUCGUUGGUACUCAUUCUCAAAUGGGGUGGUGAACUUACGCCCGCGGGGCGUAUUCAGGCGGAAGAAUUGGGUCGCAUUUUUCGUUGUAUGUACCCUGGUGGACAGAGCCGUCAGCCGGGGGUUGGCGAAGGUCCCGGCGCACAGGGUCUCGGUUUGCUACGGUUGCACUCCACCUUUCGGCACGACCUAAAAAUUUACGCAUCCGACGAGGGUCGUGUGCAAAUGACGGCUGCCGCCUUUGCCAAGGGCCUGUUGGCACUAGAAGGCGAGUUAACGCCAAUCCUAGUGCAGAUGGUAAAAAGCGCCAACACGAACGGACUUCUCGACAACGAUUGCGACUCGAGCAAGUACCAGAACAUGGCAAAGUCUCGUCUGCAUGAGCUGAUGCAGAUCGAUCGGGAAUUUACAGCGGAGGACCGGGCAGCGAUAAACCCGGGCAAUGCAAUCAGCAUCAAUCAGGCGAUGAAUUUCGUCAAAAAUCCGGUCCAGUGUUGCGCGCAGGUGCACUCACUGAUUCGCUCACUGAUGGCCGUGGUUGCCGUCAAGCGUGAUGAUCCGAAAACGCGCGAUGCAGUGCUUUACCAUGGUGAAACCUGGGAGCUGAUGGGUCGGCGUUGGGGUAAGAUUGAGAAAGAUUUCUGCACGAAGAACAAAAACUACGACAUUUCGAAGAUACCGGACAUAUACGACUGCAUCAAGUACGAUCUGCAGCACAAUCAGCACACGCUGCAGUUUGACCUUGCCGAGGAGUUGUACAUUUCGGCGAAAUAUCUAGCAGAUAUCGUCAUCCCGCAAGAGUACGGCUUAACCAUGCAUGAGAAGCUAACCAUUGGUCAAGGUAUUUGCACACCGUUGCUGAAAAAAAUCCGCGCUGAUCUGCAGCGCAACAUCGAGGAACUUGGCGGUGAAGAAAGCGUGAAUCGGCUCAACCCACGCUACAGCCAUGGCGUGUCGAGCCCGGGACGACAUGUGCGAACACGUUUGUACUUCACCAGCGAGAGCCAUGUACACUCGCUGCUAACCGUACUGCGACACGGUGGUCUGUUGAAUGUGCUGACUGAUGAACAAUGGCGCCGUGCGAUGGAAUACGUGUCCAUGGUAUCGGAGCUAAACUACAUGUCACAGAUCGUGAUCAUGCUGUAUGAGGACCCGAUGAAAGAUCCAAGCUCGGAGGAACGCUUUCACGUGGAAUUACACUUCAGUCCGGGUGUCAACUGCUGUGUUCAGAAAAAUCUCCCACCUGGUCCCGGCUUUCGCCCACACAGCCGAAACGACUCCGUUACAUCUAAAAAUGCAAGUGGUGAUGAGGACACUACAUCACGGAUCGAAGAGGAAAACGACACUGAGGAGGAAAAUUCGUUUUCACACAACUCUUCUUUGCAUCAUACGCCCUCAAAAUCAUUAGCUCGUACGGAUACUGACAUUGAUAAUAUUGUAGCCGGUGCGGGUUCCGCUGUAGUUAUGAAGGAGCGUCGAAUGAAGAAAAUCAAAUCGUCAUCACCGAUACCGAUUGGUUCAUGCCAUACCGUAUCCGGACACGAGGCGAUGGAUUUGGCAAAACGGCUUAGCGAGGAGCUGGCUGUACAGCAACAGCAACAACAACAGCAGCACCAACAGCAGCAUCAUCUGACGGGUUCGUUCGGUUGUGGUACAUCGAAGGACAUAGCGCGUCCGCUAAGCCCAGAUUCGGAACCGCGUGCACGGUCCUUCGAACAUCAGCAGCAGCACCAUCAUAGCCAUCAGCACCAUCACCAUCAUGGCAAAAUGCACCAUCACCGAUCCAAAGGAAAAGGAGUUUUGAACACGAACGCCUCUCGGGGAUCGGCUGAACGUUGCAGGGCGAAAGAUUUACACGAAGCAGAUAUAUGGAAAUACAACAUCAUGCAAGCGAGGUGUAUAACCGGAGUACAAAAGCAUGCUGGGCUUCCAUACAGACUUCGCGACGGUAGCAGUGGUGCUGGUUACAGUUCGAUGAUGGCAACCGCCAUCUCCACUACGACCACUGCAACCACGAUGACGACGACGACGACGGUGUCCGGGGCAGGCGAUGCAGCAACAGCAGCAGAUUCCAACGAUGAUGGAGCGAAUAAUGUCACCAGCACAGGCAGCACCAUUACCGGCAGCUGCCUGUACUGCUGCACCGGUGGCACGACCACUGUACCGAGAAUGGCAGGACCGGGAGCAACCCUCUCCCACGGGUCCGGCUCGUUGUCAUCCUGUUGCUGCUGCUGUUGCUGCUGCUGCUCUACACCCUCGUCGUCAGCGGGUGGGCUCGCCGGGACCGGCGUCGGAGGGCCUGCGGGAACAUCCAAUGCUACGACGGUCCGACGCCAGCGGCACAGCAUUGCCGGCCAGAUGAGCUACUUUAAAAUGUUAGGUACCUUCAGUAAAAAGAUGGCGACCAGCACAAACAGUCUGUUCAGUACCGCGGUGAUCAGUGGCAGCUCGUCCGCCCCAAAUUUGCGCGAUAUGAUACCGAGCACCGCAUCCCCGUCAGGAUUCGGCGGCGUACCACCGAUUCGCCCGUUGGAAACAUUACACAACGCGCUUUCGCUCAAGCAACUGGAUGCGUUUUUGGAGCGCAUGACGAUCGGGCCACUCUUUAAAACUCCCGCAUCUUCACCGCCACCGAAACAUCCCCUGGUAACGGCCGCAACGGGAUCGUCAGCAUUGUCCAAUGUUGGAUCGGGAACUAAGAGUCCGCUGUCGCUGGUGAGUCGUGACAGCUUUCCGGAAGGUGCCACUAUGAUAGUCCAACCGUCCUCGAACGCGCCACUAGCGUCGGGUAGUGGUGGCGAGGAAAAAUGUAGCGGCCGUGCAGGAGGAAUCCGGGACUUUGCUCCGUUUGCAUCGGCUGGUCAGCCGGGUGCAGCGACUGGAUCCGGUGGAAUAUCAACCAUGCCCGGCACCGGUACUACAUCUACCAACGGUGCCAAUGUCGCUGGUGCUCAGCAGAGUUGGAGUGACCAUUCCAGCAGUAUGACCAGUAGCAUCAGUGCACUGUCGAGCGGUGGACCAUCCUCGCCCAACUACUCCGAGGUAUAUUCCCGCGGUUGCCCCAGCAGUGACAUGUCCGCAAGCAUAACAAGCAGUACCGAUGGCAGCCUGGCGGCAAUUGUUGGUGGCGGUACUAGUGAGCAGCUAGUAGCACUGCCGCAGCUAUUCGCUCAUCCACAAUCGACUGCAGCCGGUGCACGGAUGUCACCGAAGCACCCGUAUAUGGAGCUAGCAAUGGUUGAAUCAUUCGGUAAGUUCGGGGAGGAAGACGCUAGACAGCAGGAUGAUCAACACCUCGUUGGUGGUGGCGACCCUGUUGUUGCCUGUGCCUCCACUACCGAUGCAUACCUUCGGCGCAGUUCCACCAUGGACAUUAGCGGAGACUUAACACCGGUGAGCGGAUGUUCUGACUGGGAAAGCAAUACAAACGACGCAACCAAAGGUUCGACGACUAACUAUGAUCUGACCACGGCAAACACGACCGAGGAAGAUGACGAAGAUGCAACGAUAUCUACCGACACCUGCUUGAGCGUUGGUGAUCAGGAACAGCAGCAAUUGAAGCCAAGCGGGGAGUUGAACACUGCUCCUUCCGGCGGUACCGUGCCGUGUGGUAGCGCUUGCAUAACUAACACAGUCCCCGGUGUAUUCCCAUUUGAUGAACCGCUGCACGGUCGAGACGAUUCCGUGGACGGUGUCGGUAGGAUGGAUAUCCGUGUGCGUGGUAGUCGUAUCCAGCGUCAGAUUAGUCUAUAUGAAAAAGAGAGCCGAACGGUGGAGGCAAAACACACACAAAAAGCGCAUGAGUGGUGCGGUGAAGGUGGAACAUUCGGAUCUGCGUGUGUAGUGCAACUGGGUCGUCAACACCAAUACCCAUACUGCCAACCGGUACAGCAGCCAUUGCACAUGUCCUUCGACGAGUUGCGACGAGUGGAGCUGUCCAGAAACGAGCGAAGUACGCGUUACCACCACGAACAGCCGGUUGCAACCCGCGCGACAGAAGAGCCGAACAGAGGUUGUUUAGCGGCACAAACCGUUUCUCAGCAGCGUGCACCAUCCUCCGAUGGGCAGUUGGAUGUCGUUGGAUCGAUUCACACACCCGGUGCAUUGGUGAUACGCGAGGGGUACAUCGAACCACCGAGGUUGACACGCGUCACGAAGAGCUUCCACGGCAAAACCGACCACCAGAAGCUUAGUGUCGAACUGCAACAGGGCGCGGCCCGGUCUGCCACUGAUGCUGGAGGACUUCGACGUGCAAGUGACAGUCCGGUCGUGGAGUCAAAUCGAUACCACAAGGGCACAUUACGCCAGCAGCACUCAAGCACCGGUAGCAGCAGCAGUCAGGGACGGUUCACGACAUCGAUCGUGCAGGAGUUGGAACAGUUGAAUACGGUUGAGGAAGUGUCCGCUAGCAGUGUGAAAAAAUAGCAACACGUAACGCACCCAGCGUUAUCGAAAUAAUGUAACAGCCUUGAUAAUGUAAGCGCUAUGUGAACUGGCUGUGCUUUCAAUGAUGUAAGGAUUGUGUUAUCAUGAACUCUGUAGUUGUUGGUUGUGCAAUUGUAAAACUGUAGUUUUAAAAACAUGUUUCUCAAAGCAGUAUAAUGUUAUAUACAUUUGUUCGAACCUGUA